CCGGCCUGUCACUACUCCUCCCAGGCCUCCAACCCGCAGUCCUGGCCGAGUCCAGCUGUCCCAGCGCCAGCCUGGAGCCGGGGCCACCAUAGCAGCCUGGAGGCUGGUGCCGCCUCCAGCCCUCCUGUCUCUGCAGCCGCUCUGGUCCUGCAGGUGGGCUGUGCAGGCCGGUGAGCUGUGAGCAGAGCCGUAAAGGGUCUGGACUCCCCAGGCCUGGGGAUGGCUGGCAACUGCUCCUGGGAGGCCCAUCCCACCAGCAGGAACAAGAUGUGUCCGGGAGUGAGCGAGGCCCCGGAGCUCUACAGCCGCGGCUUCCUGACCAUCGAGCAGAUCAGCAUGCUGCCACCGCCAGCCGUCAUGAACUACAUCUUCCUGCUUCUCUGUCUGUGCGGCCUGGCGGGCAACGGGCUGGUCCUCUGGUUUUUCGGCUUCUCCAUCAAGAGGAGCCCCUUCUCCAUCUACUUUCUGCACUUGGCCAGCGCGGACGUCGGCUACCUCUUUAGCAAGGCCGUGUUCUCCAGCCUGAACGCGGGGGGCUUCCUGGGCUCGUUUGCCGACUACGUCCGCGCAGUGUCCCGGAUCCUGGGGCUCUGCAUGUUCGUCACCAGCGUGAGCCUGCUGCCAGCCGUGAGCUCGGAGCGCUGCCUGUCGGUCAUCUUUCCCUCUUGGUACUGGCGCCGGCGGCCCAAGCGCCUGUCGGCUGUGGUGUGCUCCCUGCUCUGGACCCUGUCACUCCUGGUCACCGGCAUCCACAGCUACUUCUGCGUGUUCCUGGGCCGCCAGGCGUCCGGGACGGGCUGCAGGCACGUGGACACGUUCCUGGGCGUCCUGCUCUUCCUGGUCUUCUGUCCCCUCAUGGUGCUGCCGUGUCUGGCACUCGUCCUGCACGUGGAAUGCCGGGCCCGACGGCGCCAGCGCUCGGCCAAGCUCAACCACGUCAUCCUGGCCGUGGUCUCGGUUUUCCUCGUGUCCUCCAUCUACUUAGGGAUCGACUGGUUCCUCUUCUGGGUCUUCCAGAUCCUGGCCCCCUUCCCCGAGUACGUCACCGACCUGUGUAUCUGCAUCAACAGCAGCGCCAAGCCUGUCGUCUACUUCCUGGCCGGCAGGGACAAGUCACAGCGGCUGUGGGAGCCCCUCAGGGUGGUCUUCCAGCGGGCCCUGCGCGACGGGGCCGAGCCGGGGGAGGCGGGGGGCAGCACCCCCAACACGGCCACCAUGGAGAUGCAGUGCUCCCCGGGGAAUGCCUCGUGAGAGGCCAGCACCUGGAGGGGAGCUGGGGGCCAGCUGGAGUCGCCUCCGGAGACCCUUUGCGGGGGGACAGGAGUUGGGCAGCAGCCCUGGGGCCCGGGUGCAAGGAGAAAAGUCUGCUCCCCGCCCGCGUGCCGCCUUCUCCCGGGGCCGAGGCUCUGGGGGUGGCCGAGAGACAGAACAGCCACUUCCAGACAGACCCCGUGGCCUCACCAGGCUCCCCCCAGCUAUCCUCCUUCCGUGACCCACUCUGCAGAAAUUGCCCCCGGGUGGUGGGCAGGGUGUGGGGCUCCUCCCCGCCCCAGGAUGGCCAGGAAAGGAGAGGAGGGGGUCACGCAGCCCAUCCACCUCCUGCCCCAUCAGCCAGGCCUCCCGAGCACAGCCAGCCCAUCGCCUGUCGGGCCAGAAGCUUUGUCCUGCUGGUGGGACACCUGCUCUCUGCUUUCUGCCCUGUCAAGGCGACACUGGGAGCAGACCUCCAGGAAAGGGUGCUACCUGGGAGACGCUUCUCCUUAACCCGCCUGGGAGCCCAGUCUUUCUGCACGCGAGGUUCCCUUUGGUGGCCGAAAUGGGGGAGCCUCUGGCACGGCGAGUGCCUGGACGCAGGAAAGGCCGUCGGCUGUGGCUUAAGUGGCUCGCUCUCGUUUCGGACUCCAUGCCAGCCGGCGUGUCUGAGCUGCCGUCCUCCUGGUCUGAGGGGCUCCGGAAGGCCGUCCAGGGAGUCUCUGGGCUAUAGCCCCACCCCAAAGUGGGCACUGACUGUACCUGGCCACCUCAGCCCACCUACGAGCACGGUGGCCCAGUUUGAUGAAAGAUAAUACAUGUAUAUCAAUAAACGUUUUCUAUCUUGCAGCCAGGAAGGCUUCCUGCCCUCUGUCCUGUCUGUGAUCUUGUUCCCACAGUGAGGACCCCACUGGCAUCCGAAGCCCAGAUGGGCAGCCUUUCUACGCCGCCCCCCGUGCAGUCCGCUCUGUGCCCCAGCUCCUGUGCCGCCUCUCCUGGCUGGCCGGUCUACACACCCGGCGUGCUCCCUCUCCUGCUAGGGUGUCCACUCCUCUGCUGGAGGGAGCUUGGUCCCCUCGCCACCCUCUGUUGGC